AUGGGUUCCUCUACAACAUUCGAGUCGCUUCCACGAAUGGCCUUGCCAGACACCCCCCCAGAGCUGGCGAGCCCGACGGCGACUUCCUUCUCCUCUAGAUCGUCUCCCUCGGCAGAUCACGUCUGGGCCUCGCAGGCAUUAGCAUCUUUGCCCAUGUCAAAGUAUGAUCAGACGCCGGGCCGUGACGAGGCCGACGACCGUCGCGAGAGCACGCCUCUGAACCCCUCCAAACCCGCCGAGCGCCUGCAACUGCCUCCCUUUAGCAGCCUGUUGGACCCCCCAUCCUCCAUGCGGCCGCUAAAUCCCCUCCAUGGCCGUCCUUCUCAUUAUCCAAUGCACUCGCCGCUCGACCGUCCCCACGCCUUGACGCCUGCGCCGAGUCAAAACUCGUCUUUGUACUUUCCCUCGCCAGCAGCGCAGCCCAGAACCACGUAUGACGCCUCUGCGCAUGAAAUGGGACAGUCCUAUUCCGGCUCGCGAUCGCCCCGGAUGAGCGAGUCCAGGAAUCAGACGGACAGGGAGCUGGCUUGGUCGCACCACGAGACUGGGCGACACGAGUACAUGCUGGGCACGCAGAGUACGACGCGUAGGCACCUUCCAGAGUCAAGAGAUGGACCCAUGGACGACAAGAAGGAGCAGCAACCGAGCUCACAUUCCCAGGCGGCCAAUGCAUCGGAGAGCGCCGCUCCCAAGAACAGCCUGGGCCCCAAGAUAUGGACUGGCAACCACUUCCUGCCUCGUUUUGUGCGGACUGCUGAGGUCGAGGGUGAAGGAUUGUGCUACUUCUACGACGACGAAACGCACUGCAAGACGGUCAUUGAUGGCGAGGCUGUCAAUGCCCUGUGGGGUGUCACAAAGGCUGGCAAGCCAAGAAAGAGGCUUGCCAUUGCGUGCGUCACCUGUCGCGAAAAGAAGAUCAAAUGCGAUCCCGACUUUCCUCGAUGUGUCCAGUGCGACAAGUUUGGCAGGACCUGCAAGUUCAAAAACGCACCCAGAGGCGGCCAGACGGCCUCACCCUCGACACAGCCGGCGGAGCUGUAUAGUGGAAAGGCCAUGUCGUCUCCACGAGGCUCCCGAGAUUCGAGGUCCCCUGCUGCCCAGCUAGCCUGUCAUCCGAGCUUUGACGACAGCCAUCAUAAGCGCCUUAAGCUCGGAGCAGAGACGUAUAGCCCUUCAAGAGGCAGAUCGCUGGCUGUGUCCGACGCCAUGGACCAUUCCAAGUCUCCUCAGCCAUCCUACCGACGUCCAUCGGACACUGGUCGUAUUUCGGACGAGGUCUUAUGUUGUGCCUGGCACACUGAUGUAUACGCCUCUAAUCCCCCGCUCAUCACCGAUGUCGUCACAAAGUUCUUUUACCAUAUUGAAUCUACGAUGCUUCUAAAGUUUCUGCCCCAGACUAUUUGGGAAGCACACCUCGCCAACUCGAGCCAUAGAAAGCUGCCAGAGGACUUGAUGCUCCUAUACAGCGUCCUGACCGUUGGGGUCGCUCUUUCUGACGGCUCCAGGGAUAUUGCUUCUGAAUAUGCCCAAGUCGCCCACUACGCCCAGAAGAACCUCGGGAUGGACUGCCUGCAGCUCGUCCAGAGCCGUAUCCUUCUGGCGGCGUAUUACAUGUCCGUUGAUCGCGUCUACGAUGCGAACGAGCUGCUAUCGUCUGCCUGGGCAGCUGCAGCCAGUUUGCAGCUGAAUGUGGAACUCGACAAGUCUACAGAGGCCAACAUGACGACGUAUCCGUUUGGCAUGACCAGAACUGGAUACAAAGAAAGCCGUCGCCGCACACUCUGGUCGCUGUUCAUGCUAGAAAGAUUCAACGGAAUUUUCCCCAACAGAUGCGCCAUGGUGAAUGUGGAACAUCUCUACAUUCGUCUGCCCACCGACAAUCAAAGCUUUGAAAAUCAAAUCGAGCGGACUGAGCCGCUCUUUGACCCAUAUAGCUGCACAGCAUCGACAAGUCUCGGCUCGCACAAUGUUCUGGCUAGCCUCGUAGAAAUUACGUAUCUCUGGUCCGAGUGCCAAGCUACGUUGUAUCGAAUUGCCUCCCGCCCGGCCGCGGCCGCGGACGAGUCGACCAGAAUCCAGACUCUGGCAAGGAAGAUUAGAAGCUGGUUUGCUUCGCUGCCGGAGCACCUGACCUUUUCCCCGGGCAAUCUCAAGGAGUCGCUGUACAGUGGCAGUGUGGGAGCUUUUGUUUCGCUGCAUCUGUUGUAUCACCACGCAAUGAUCAAGGUGAACCGCCAUCAUCAUUCCGCGGGCACCCUGCUUGGCUCGCAGGUGCAGAGCUGCUCUGCGCACAAGUGCUUCGGCCAUGCCUCUGGCAUUUUGGAACUACUGCAAGAAUUUGAAACCUUGCGUCGUUCGCAGAUGGUCGUCACCGUGCACCCCCGUGUUGCGAGCCUGGCUCUCGUCGACGCGGUUGAUACGCUGACGGCCAAUGGCACGCUGGCAAGCCUCUCGUCCCAGAUCAACAGCAGCAGAGAAGCUCUGGCAUUUGUUGAGCAGCUGUCUCAUACGUGGGAGGACAUGGCUCGCUCCAAGGCUGUUAUUCUCAAGCGGCUGGAUGAUUUGCUCUACAUUCGCAAGCAAGGGCCCAGACCGGCAAGCCCAAUGAGCGGUUACCGCAUUCUGAGCACAAGCGGUGAUUGUCGCUGGCAAAUUUGCGAGCCAAUCGAUUCUCUGCUACCCAAGGAGAUGGAUAUCGUCUACACGAUGCCUCUCUGA